AUGCCAGUCAAGGGGUGGCGUAGGGAUGACCAAGAUACCAAUUUCGAUACAAUGCUACACAGUGAGGGGAUGUCUAUAGACACUUUUCUCUUCCCCAAAUCAACAAUAAACAAAAUUUGCAAAAAUGCAUUGCACGAGAGUGAUCCAGAGACAAACUAUCUAAUUGCCAAAGACUCACAGACAGUUAUACAAAGAUCAUGCGUGUUGUUCAUCAAUUUCAUCUAUCACCAUGCAAAACAGUUGGUUAAGGCGCAGAACAGGAAGGUAGUCAAUGCCGAUGAUAUCAUGAGUGCAUUACAACAAGUAGGAUAUGGUGAAUUCACGCCAAUUUUGCAGAAUGAGCUACAGUCUUUCAAUAAGCGUAAGGAAGCCAAAAAAAUAGCAAAAGCACAACAGAAACUGAACGAUGUGGAGGAUGCAGAUAUUGACGAUUCAAUUGGUAAUCACAACAAAAGGUUGAAACUAGGCACCUCUAUACAUGGAAAUGAUGUAACAAUGUCUGAUCAUGGAGACACCACCGAAUUCAAUGAUCCCUCAGUAGUUGUACAUGAUCAGGACACUGAAGCUGAAGAAGAAGAAGAGGAGGAUGAGGAUGAGGAAGACGACGGAGAGGAAGACAUGGAAGGUAAAGAGGCAGAUGAAAAUGAUGAUAGUACGGAAGAAACAGGAGAAGUAAUUCGACACGGUCCUUCCCAGCUUGAGCUUGAGCAAAAGGAACUAGUAGGUGACAAGGACGAGGACGAGGAAAAAGAAGAAGAAGAAGAAGAAGAGGAUGAAGAUCCCGUUUCAGCCGUGGCAGAUAAGAUCGAAGAAGAAAUAGAUUAG